UACGUGUUGGAGACGUCACUGAUGUUCUAUGAAUUUAUUGGUGUAUCGGAAUCGUUGAUGGCGGCAGCCGCCAUCUUGCUUGCCUUCAAGAUGCACGACAAGGAUGCUACCUGGACUCCCAUUCUGCAAAAGUACUCUGGUUACAAAGCCGAGGAAGUCGAGCCUAUGAUGUGGGAAUUGAAUCACAUGAUGUAUAAACGCAGGGUCAUGUAUGAUCGCCUAGAAACUGUAUAUUCAAAAUACAGCCAUGAAGUCUUUUUCUCCGUUGCUUCGGUUCCACUACUUCCUGACGUCUACUCACUGGACAGACCUGUUCAGGCGCCCCCAUCAUCUUCUCCCAAGUGA